UGUGUGGUGUGUGUGUACUCCCAGUCGCUCGCGCUCACUGAUGCGCGCGCCAAACACAGCCGAGCUGGAGUCUCCGCGCGCUCUCCCGCUCGCGGCUCGCGCAAUGGCAGGAGGCACCUGAACACUGUGAGAGGAGGCGGCGCGCGACUUCAGAGGACUGCAGACACUUUCCCGCGCUUUUGGAGUGUGUGGGUGUGCGUGCGUGAGGGUGUGUGUAUGUGUAGUUGGGGAGCACCAUGCACGCGGACGUGCUUGCCCUGCUCCUCGUGUGGCUCCUGUGCGCUUGCGGAGCCUCGUCUCGGUCGAGGGGACGGACGCUGCAGACCUACGGCCAGAUCAGGUCCCGAAGAGAAACUACAAGAACAGAGGGAGGAGUUGGAGGGAGGAGCAAGCCUGGAAGCCCCAUUCUGAAGAGGAGCCCUGAUAUCACAAAGAAUCCAGUGACCAAAUCAGAACAGCUGCUCAGGAUAGAUGAUCACGACUUCACCAUGAGGCCUGGCUUUGGAGGUCCAGCUAUUCCUGUGGGUGUGGAUGUCCAAGUCGAGAGCUUGGACACUAUAUCAGAAGUGGACAUGGACUUCACCAUGACCCUGUAUCUGAGGCACUACUGGAAGGAUGAGCGGCUGUCCUUCCCCAGCACCACCAACCAGAGCAUGACCUUCGACAGCCGUCUGGUGAAGAAGAUCUGGGUCCCGGACAUGUUCUUCGUCCACUCCAAGCGCUCCUUUAUCCACGACACCACGACUGACAAUGUUAUGCUCAGGGUUUAUCCUGAUGGAAAAGUUCUCUACAGUGUGAGGGUCACUGUUACAGCUAUGUGCAACAUGGACCUUAGCCACUUUCCUCUUGAUACUCAGACAUGUUCACUGGAGAUUGAAAGCUACGCCUACACUGAUGAUGACCUGAUGCUGUACUGGAAGAAAGGGAAUGACUCUCUGAAAACUGACGACAGGAUCUCACUCUCCCAGUUCCUCAUUCAGGAGUUCCACACCACCACAAAGCUGGCCUUCUACAGCAGCACGGGCUGGUAUAACCGUCUGUACAUCAACUUCACUCUACGGCGUCACAUCUUCUUCUUCCUGCUGCAGACCUACUUCCCUGCCACUCUGAUGGUCAUGCUGUCCUGGGUGUCCUUCUGGAUUGACCGCCGCGCCGUUCCUGCCAGGGUGCCUCUGGGCAUCACCACGGUGCUCACCAUGUCCACCAUCAUCACAGGAGUGAACGCCUCCAUGCCGCGGGUGUCCUACAUCAAAGCCGUGGACAUUUACCUGUGGGUCAGCUUUGUCUUCGUCUUCCUCUCUGUUAUAGAGUACGCAGCUGUCAACUACCUGUCAACCCUGCAGGAGCGUAAGGAGAGGAAGCUCAGAGAGAGGCUGCCAUGCACGUGUGGGAUGUCUCACCCGGGCCAGAUCAUGAUGAGCAGCAGCUACAGCGAGAUGGAUGCCAUGACCACGGGUCACUACGGCAUGCCGGAGAUGAAUGGGGACAAGCGCGAGCGAAUCCUGGUGCAGCUGGCCAUGGACAAAGAGCAGAGCAGUCACAGCCAGAGCGGAAACACACGCUCCUACAACAGCAUGUGGAUCGACACCCACGCCAUAGACAAAUACUCACGGGUGAUCUUCCCUGGAGCCUACACGCUCUUCAACAUCAUAUACUGGUCCAUCUACUCCUAACGGCUCUCGCUGGAGCUACUGCGCAGCACAAUAGAGAUGUCCUGGAAGCUUUCAGACAUUUUAACUGUCUGUAAUGGAGGUCACGCUGGAGAGUGCUAGACCAUUCUGUUCAUUCAGUCCAAGUCAGAGCACAAGUGAAGCAAUGAAGCCAGACUCUCACAACAUUACAGAGACUCAGAGACUUUAUCCACCUUCUUUUUUACACUGAACAGUUCAUAGGAAAGGCAAUGAUGAUACAUGUUUGACUUUAUUACAAUUUCAUUGUAAAGUUGUGCAUGAGAGAGACGUUCUCAUUAGUUAGUCUUUGAUUAGACUAUAUUCACACUACAAUGGGAGAUCAUUUUUUAGGCAUUUGCAUUGAUAUUGUAGUGUAUGUAGAAGCAGUUGUAUGUCUGUAUAUAUUUUUUAUUUUUUUUUAGUAUACCUCCAGGUAGGGCUGGGCGAUAAGACCAAAAACGCUUUUUUCCAUGCUGUUCGAUAUUGAUAAUCAUUAUUAUAAUACUUUUGCAUAUAAAACAUUUAUUAUGUGCAUUUGAUUAUUGAGGUUUCAGUAAUAUGUUAGAAGAGUCAACAUUUUCAAUUUAAUUUGUGCUUUUCAAUAAAUUAAUAAAGUGCUAUAUAUAAUAAUAAUUAGUAAUUAGUGAAAGAAAAGAAAAUGAAACCAAUGACAGGCAAUAUUGUUAAUUAUAGACAAAGGGCCCUAUUUUACACCCUUCCAUGGCAAGUAGUGAUGCUCUUUGCUGUUACACCCCACCAACAGUCUGUUUUCACGCCUUCCACCUGCGCUAAUGCACGUAGUGGUCUGGAAGUGAGUUGUGUUCAGGUAAAUUACUGGUGUAUUAUUGUCCUGGCAAUAGAAAACACAGGUGCACAAAGGGAAUGGCAAGUGACUGAUUGGUUUAUUUCAUGUUCUGGCCAAAACACACCCAUGAUUAAUUAAGAGAAUUAUUACACGCUUUUUGCGAGUUUUGAGCUGUGAACAGCGUAUUUUUCCCCGCUGUUACGAUAGCAAAGGCACACUGACACAUCCUACAUCAAGCUACCCAAUGUGUUGGCAUAUAGAUAGCUAAAAUAGGGCCCAGUAUGUCUGUCAGUGUGUAUUUCAAAGUCAAUAGCACACACUGUUAAAAGGACAAACUGCAUGCACACACAUGCACUAUAGGUCCAAAUAAUUGUGAACACACCUUCUAAUGAUUCAAUUCAUCUAUAUUAAAUUGCAUCCCUUUUUCAUACAGAUGUGCAGAUUGACUAGUCUCUAUUCAUAAUUAUUGCCAAUAGAGUAGGACUAAUGUCAUGUGUGGGCUAGAGGGGUAUAAAAACUUUAUUGAUCUGUAGAGCAGUGGAACUGAUUUCUCUGGAAUGACGGUGCUCCAUAUAAUAUCUAUUAUGAUUUGGGAUGAGGAUGGUGAUCACGCAAGUUUCUGACCUCACUAAUGCUUCUGUCACUGCAUGCAAUUAAAUCUUCACAGUGUAUAACACAGUAUAACAACGCAACAACACUACAAUUAAUUAGAACAUAAAGGGAUCAACAACUGCGGCCUUUUUCUUUUUAAUGAAUUGUUAAAUAAAUAGCUAACCGGCUUUCCUAACUGUUAUACUGGUUUUAGCUGUUCUCAGUAAUUGGCUAGCAGGCUUCUCCCUCCCCACUGAGCAUGUAAAAUAGUGCUGAAGUAGUUACUAAAUCUGGGAAUCAUUAUCCAGAAAUACCUUGUGUGAAUAUUAUCAAUAUCGAAAAAAAUAUGUUUUAUUUUGAUAAUUGUCAUUAGCAGUGUAUCGUCCAGGCCUAUCUGCCGGUGUGCCAGAUGACAUUUCUGUGAUGCAUUCUGUAUAGUGUAAAUAGAAAUGUGGAACACCUCAGUGGAUGCAUGGGACAGUUGUGUUAUGAGUCCAAUAUGUUGCAGGUCUUAAAGCUAUGAAAGUAAGUUAACCUUGCUUAUCCUAGUGUGAAAAUAAAUUAACUGUGGAUUUUUUAUUUAUUUAUAGACACUUGUAACAUACAGCAUUUGAUGUAAUCCAAAUACCCACUGAAAGGAGAGUUUUAUAAUUUCUGCAGAAACACAUGGUCAGAUAAAGCCCUUCAGAAUGGUCUGAGAAAUCUGAGAUGUUUCAUUCCUCUUAAAGUUAAUACAUGUAAUCACUAUAAUUACCGUGGUUAAGGUUACAGUUAGGGUUAGAUAUUAUCUUGAGACUUAUAGAUUUUUAUUAAUUGUAUUAUAAUGGAAAUCAGGAAAUCUUCUGCCUUUAAAGCUGACACGAAGCCCCUUUGAUUUAGAUGUGUAUUACUGUUGUAAUGUCCAAAUUUCAAUUUGAAAAGUAUCAUACUUAAGCAGUUGCACCAAAUACAUUAUCCAACAGAAGUUCUGUUGUGUACUGUAUGUACUUUGCUUGUUUAUAUUUGUGAAUACAUUGCCUAAGAGAUAUUGUCAUAUAGUGUUUUUGUUUUAGCUAUAAGCUAUGACCAUGCUGUUUUAGGAAAAUUAAAGUAUAAUCAUAUGACCAUGCAUGGAGUGUACUUAAAUACACACAGCAGUGUUCCUUAUAAGCUGGGAAAUAUUUAUUAGAAAAUGAAAUGGUAUUAAAUGUCUUUCAUUCUUUUUUUUCAUUAAUUCAAUUGUUUUUCACUUUGUUUUAUUUGGACUAAAAUGUGCAUUUUGUAUAUACCCUGGUCAGAAUGAGUCAAUUAUGGAAUUAUGAUAAAUGUUGAAAACUGCACCAGUGUCUGUAUGGUAACAAUGUCUCACUAAUUGAAUUAAACCUUCU